AUGAAUAUUACACCAUUCCUGAAGCAAUGUUUUCUGGCUAGGUACUUUGUUUGUAUGGAUGUUUUCCUGGUGGGCCAGUUUAUUUACUUUCAACCAAAUCGCGGGGUGGCUGGCAGACACCGCGGGCCAGACAUGUUGCCAAAAACACAGGAGGGAAGUGAAGCUUCUGGCCAUGCAGCAAAUAAAAGCAGGCUGGGAGCUGCCAGGAACAAGCUAGGGUCCUACAGAGCAGCUCUUGCUGCCGCUAUCUUUGGAGGGUUGUUGGUUCUUUCUGUGCACUGGUGGUGGACAGCACACGCUGUUGUGAAAACGCCAGCCGCUGUUCAGAAACACGAUGAAUGUGCGGAGGACCCAGCCACCGAGCACAUCGGGGCAAUUUUUGGCAGUGUAUCAGCCAUGAUGUAUGUAUCUUCGCGGAUACCCCAAAUCUACAAGAACUGGCGGCGGAAAAAUACUGAAGGAUUGGCUGUCCGAACGUUCAUGAUGGCGCUGAGUGGCAACGGCCUCUACACUCUCAGUGUCUUGGCCCGUGCCCGGGAGAUGCAUGAUAUUCUGAAAGCAGCGCCAUGGCUGGUUGGAAGCGCUGGAACGAUGAGCCAAGACGCAGUCAUCAUUUAUCAGACUCUGAGAUACAGGCAUGUGAAGCACAAUAAGAGUGAUGCAGACAUCCCGCUGCUGGGCGGGAACCCCAUUAUCUGA